AUGCUCUGCUCAGGGAAAACAGCUAAGAUAAUUGGUGGACUGUGCCACGGUCGUUUAGAAGUGAGCCGGGGUGGAGUCUAUGGCACAGUGUGUUCCAAGUCUUUUGACUCCAGAGAUGCAGAUGCUGUCUGUAGAGAACUGGACUGUGGCAUUUCCAAAGCUGUGUUGUCCGGAGCCGACCCUGGAGACAGUAAAACCCCGAUAUGGACAAACGAGAUCCUGUGCCAGGGCAGUGAAGAAAACCUAGCCUACUGCCAAACCUCAGAGACUGAGCAGCAAAACUGCACACAUGCACACGACGUCAGCAUCAUCUGUACUGGGUACACUGGGUACAGGCUGGUCAAUGGCAGUGACCGGUGUUCUGGUCGAGUGGAGCUGGAGUACGCCAGCCAAUGGCACACAGUCUGCGAUCAGAACUGGGACCUGCAGGAUGCCACAGUACUCUGCCAGCAGCUGAACUGUGGGUAUGCUGUGACUGUCCCAGGACAGGCCCAGUUUGGGAAAGGCAGUGGCCCUGUACUGACCGAUAUAUUCGACUGUGAAGGCACCGAGACCGAGUUACUGAAGUGUCCCAUCUCUACGCGAGGACACAGUACAUGCACUCGUGGUAAUGAUGCAGGAGUUAUCUGUGCAGCUCAGGCAGGUCCAGUCAGGCUGCUUGGUGGACCAGGGGUCUGUGAAGGCCGGGUGGAAGUUUACUAUAACAGGACGUGGGGGAGAGUUCUCCCCGACUCCUGGAGCAGCACAGAGGCCUCGGUGGUGUGCAGAGAGCUGGGCUGCGGGAUUGCUUUGAUCCCAGCCUCUAACUCCUCUCGAUACGGGACGGGUCACAGUGGCGUGUGUCUGACAGGUACCCACUGCAGCGGGGACGAGACCCACCUGAGGAACUGCAGCCGUCCACAGCCAGUCCCCUGCAACACCAGUAACAGCGCGGCCGUGCUCUGCACUGGUGAGUACAACACAGAUCACAUGGCUCUCAGGCUGGUUGGGGGAGGAGGUGACUGUGCUGGGAGGGUGGAGGUUUAUCACAACGGCUCCUGGGGGACGGUUUGCGAUGACUCCUGGGACCUGGCAGACGCAGAGGUGGUGUGCAACCAGCUCCAGUGCGGGGCGGCCCUCAGUGCCACAGCCUCCUUCGGACAGGGAACCGGACCCAUCUGGCUGGACGAGCUGCGCUGUCAGGGGAACGAAUCAGCUCUGUGGGAGUGUGCCUCGAGAGGGUGGGGGCAACACGACUGCCAACACAAGGAGGAUGCAGGGGUCAUGUGUUCAGAGUUCAAGCAGCUUAGACUGGUUAGUACUGAGUUUGACUGUGCGGGACGUCCAGAGGUCUUCUACAAUGGCACCUGGGGUGCUAUCUGCAGCAAUGGGAUGGGAGCAAUCGCAGCGACAUUUAUAUGCCGUGAGCUGAACUGCGGAGAGACCGGAUCUAUUAAACCUCAGUCUGAAACGAGCUCUGGUCUCAAAUGGCUUGAUAAUAUUACAUGCAAAAAGCACGACACCUCACUGUGGCAGUGUUUGUCCUCGCCUUGGGGACAGAACACCUGUGAGGACAGUGAUGUGGAGGACAUUGUUUGUUCAGGUAAACGGGAAAAAACUACAACCAACAGCUCAAAAACUUGUACCGAAGACCCCACCCAGGAGCGCUGCUUUGAUCCAGCAACACUGCGGCUGGUUGGAGGCUCCAGUCGCUGCUCCGGACGGGUAGAGUUGCUGUACGGGGGCUCCUGGGGGACAGUCUGCGAUGACUCCUGGGACCUGAGGGAUGCCCAGGUCGUGUGCAGGCAGCUGGGCUGUGGGGCAGCGGUGAGUUCAGUGGGAGAGGCUGAGUUUGGAGAAGGUGUUGGCACCAUCUGGCUGGACGAGGUGAACUGCAGGGGCAGCGAGCUCCAUCUAUGGGACUGCCGGCACUCUCUCCUGGGAGACAGCGACUGCAAACACAAGGAGGAUGCAGGGGUUAUCUGUGCAGGGGAUUCAGGUAAUGUGUUCAGGGGUGAUCAGGGGCAAGAAACCAAGAAUCAUCUUGAUUCAGCAACUGCUGGAGAGCUGGGAAUUUGA